AUGGCGUGGUACUCCAUCCUCCCACCCAACCUCAUCUACGUCGAGAGCUGGGCUGCUCGGAUCUUCGGGGAUGUCUACACGCAGGUCUUCCUCGGCAUCGUCACCAUUUUCCCCUGGGCGGCGCUCAUAAUCUUCGACGUGCUUCUGUAUAUCUGGCGGAUGGUCGCGCACGAGGUCCCGGUUAUCGGCGGCCGGGCGCGAGGCAGGCAGAGACCGCGCGCGCCGACGCUGAAUGAGACGGCGGAGGUGCAGAGGCGGGUGUUUGGGCUUGCGGGGGCAGUGGGGGAGGGUGAGCUGGUGGAGAGGAAGAAGGGGGAGGAGGGUGAUGGAUGA